UCCCGUCCUGUGCUGUGUGUUCGCAUUGUGUCUAAACAGGCGAGCGGCGGAGCUGCUGAACAGAUAUUUCACCAUCAGCCGUAAUGUCGGGCAGGUCGGUCCGCGCGGAGACCCGGAGCAGGGCGAAGGAUGACAUCAAGCGGGUUAUGGCCGCCAUUGAAAAAGUACGAAAAUGGGAGAAGAAAUGGGUGACGGUUGGUGACACAUCUUUGCGAAUCUACAAAUGGGUACCAGUGAUGGAACCCAAAUCUGAUGAUAAGAACAAGAACAAGAAAAAGGGCAAGGAUGACAAGUAUGGCUCUGAAGUCACAACUCCAGAGAAUAGUUCUUCUCCUGGAAUGAUGGACAUGCAUGAUGACAACAGUAACCAGAGCUCCAUUGCAGACUCCUCCCCUUUAAAGCAGGAGACCAGUAACAACACUAGCCCCACCCCUGAGCCCAUGGCAGCAUCUCAGAGCGACAGCAAUGAAACCAAGAGUGACCAGUUCCCUAGCAAACAGUCUUCGUCUGGGCAGGACAGCAAGACUGGACAAAAUCAUUCCUCAUCAGAGUCAACAGCCAAGAGGGACGGCAAAUCACAGGGAGAUCAAGAACUCUUUACAGACUCCUCUAAAGCUGCUCAGGACUUGGAAGAUGGUGCUCCCCCUAGUAAGAAAGGCAAAAUGGACUCUUCCUCAGAAGAAAACUAACCUGGUCUUUUGCCAACUGUUACACUCUAGUGAUCUCUCUUUCCUCUCCCGGUAAACUUUUGAGUAAUUUCACUCUAAGCUCUAAGUUGUACAUCUCUCUGUUCAUCUGCUCCCUUUUCUCCCUCUUAAACACAGUCACCCUUCAGUACGGAUAAGGGCCAAACCGGAGACGUUUGGUCUUGUUCGAUUUGAUGUGAGAAAAGUACGAAAUUGAUCUGUGAGAUUUAGGGACAGGGGUUUACAUUGCACUGAUUUUAGAACAGGUCGCCCUGUCGUCACAUCUCCAGCGCAUGUGUUCUGUGGAACGCCGUUUUGGAUUUUAAUCCAUAUAGUUUUCUAAUGUAUUGAAAAGAGAAAAAUGUGAUUGGUACUAGCUGUUCACACUGGUUAAAAUUACUGGACAUUUUCCAGUUCAUUUUAAUUGAAAGGACAAAAAUAACCCCAAACAAACUUUGUAACUUUCCACUAGGAAGAAAUUAAAUUGCUGAAUGUUAAAGUAAAGUUCUUACAUUUAAAAGUAACAUUUUACAUUUUGCAACAAUUUAAUUUUAAUUCAGGUGUGGAUGUGGAAUAUGAAUUCAUAUUGGUGAUUGCUUCCAUCGUUAACAUAAAAGGACCUCUGAAGUAAUUUUGUGUUUGGGAUCCUAUUCAGAGCUGGAUUAUGAUCAUUAGUAAAAUGAAUGGAAUUUUGAGAAAUGCUGUUGUUGCUCGGUAGAAAGCAAAUCGUUCUGACCUGUAAAUCCUUUCCCCUAGAGAGCUGCUAAUAGCAAGAAUGCAUAAAAGCCGGCCAGUUACUACUAAACUUAAACAUUAUUAUAUAACCUCAGCCACUCAAACUGUACUCCACUACUGUCAGAGCAAUUAAGCCACAACAUAAAACCUGCUGCUUUUUGAACGAGAAUGGCAGUGUAAUCCACUGGCAUUUAGAGGAUAUAGAUUUUUUUUAUACAAUUUAUUUUCUUAAACUAAAUCCAAUCUGGAUCCAGAUUUCCUUAAAUGGGCAUGAUAAGGGCAUGACUCCAGAGGUUCACUGGGAAAAGUCACAAGUGUUUAUUAAUAACAGAGUUCUUGCAAAUGUAUUGCAUUUAAAAGAAUUUGGACUGGUAAUAACAUUUAAUCUCAUCUAAAGGAUUUUAAGGAUUGAAAUCUAAAACGGGCCACUGUAUCUCCCUGUGUUUCGAAGGGUCUUUCGUGUGGGGUCUCUUCUGCAGUUGCAUGUGACUGCCACAGACAGAACCUCCUCGUUUCAUGUAGUCAUCACCGCUCUCAACUGCCACUUGCUGUUUAAAAGCAACCAAAAUGUAUUUUUUGUCUUUGCUCAGGAGGGUCAACACACUGUUAGUCGCGCUGAAAAUGAACGGUUCUGCUGCUGUAGUUCCAAAAGGUGUUUAGUUUUCUCUUUUCUGUAAGACGUUCCAGCUAAACUAGUGAACCAGGCAAUAAGGUCGCGAGAGGAAGUGGUGCCAGGUUCAAAGUUGUCCGAGCACUCAGCUCAGACACGUCCUACUGUGAAGACCGUAAGUUAGCAAGUUGUAGCUUGUAGCAUACGUCUGUGUGCCUUGAAUUACUGAAAUGAAAUAAGCUUGUUUUAGUUCAUGUUCACGCAUUUCUGUUUCUCUCACUCUGGUUUCUCUCCCAGCAGCACUCUCUUCUCACACCCACGAACGUGCAGUUUAAACUGUGACAGUAAACACAGAGUUACAAAACCAAGCGUUGAAAUGCAGGUCACCAUUUCAACAGCACUACACCCUUCUAAAUGUCCACAAUGCACAACUUGAUGUUAAUUUUGGCCGUUGUCACCCAUCGGAUUCAUUGAGUAUUUCGUCUCUCUCUGGCAAGCGUCUGCCGUCAUGACUUAGCUUGUGUAGCUGUCCAAGGGGAAAACAAAGUGAUUUUCAUUAGAAUAUAACAGGCAGGUUAUUGAUAGACAGCUGUGCAAAUACCUCAUACUCAGUCCAGCAGUGCUGGCAUAUAAACACUAAGUAUGACUUUUAGAGAAAAAAAAUCACUCGGAUUAUGUCUGCUUGCAAAAAUAUGUAUAUAUUUAUACAAUAACAUUUUUGUUAUUACACUUGUUUUUUUGCCACAAUUUUUUUUCGCCAAAAUAUUGCCUUCUCUAGUUCAAUCUUUGAACCUUUUAGCGAAAAUGUACUCAUUGGGACCAUAUUGUUUUGGUUUUCACUCUGCAUUAGAAAUGUGUACAGAAGUAUGGUUGUUUUCAUUUAUUUAUUCCACAUGUAGUUUUUGGUUUUAUAAGAAAAUAAAUGCGUAUCCUUUCAA